AGCAAACUUCCUGCGCGCAAGAGUAUCUUCGAGGUCCUGCGCCCGUGUAAUUGGGGUCCUGUGGCGGUUCCCUGCAUAUACACCGUGGAUGCUAAAGAGUGGGGGUUGCCCUAUGUAAGCCCUCGGACGGCCGUGGUCCAGCCCAUCCAGCAUCAGGACACGAACUCAGGAGACAAGGAUUCAUCUUCCUCUUCUUCUUCUUCUUCUUUGUAUAAAUCGCGCUCGGAACAAUAACAUCAAAAAUACGCGAAUUAUUCGAGUUUUUCAAAAAUUGUGCGCUCCCCCCAUUGGAGGGUUACAACAACAACAAUGAGGAUUUUCCUCGUGUUUUUGGCUUUUUCCACCCUUACAUCUGCCAUUGGAAGAAGAAGGGUUGUUGUUAAUCGCGCUAGACAACUCGCUUUGCCCGAACAACCCGAAGAUUUGGAUAAAUUGUGGGAUAACGUAGAUAUACAGAAAAUAAAUACACGAAAAAAUUCAUGGCAGAGUUCAACGAACGACGUAGACACAUCAACUGAAGAACCAUCGGUUCAAGCAAGACAGGGAUACCCAGGAUUACCAGGACCACCAGGUGGACCAGGAUGGCCUGGUGUUCCGGGUUUCCCAAGUUCUGGAGGAAAUCCUGAUUCACCAAAUCCUCCGAAACCAGGAUGGCCUGGAGUUCCCGGAUCACCUGGAAGUCCUGGAUCACCUGGUUCACCAGGAUCGCCGGGCCAACCGGGAACACCAGGUUCGCCAGGAUCACCUGGAUCACCAAGCCAACCUGGUACACCAGGACAACCAAGUCAUCCAGGUACACCUGGACAACCUGGAACACCUGGAUCACCAGGAACACCAAGUCAUCCAGGUACACCUGGACAGCCUGGAACACCUGGAUCACCAGGAACACCAAGUCAGCCUGGCACACCUGGACAACCUGGAACACCAGGAUCACCAGGAACACCAAGUCAACCUGGCACACCUGGACAACCUGGAACCCCAGGUCAGCCUGGAAUACCAGGAACACCAGGCCAACCAGUACCACCUAGUAAACCUGGAAAACCACCUCAUCCAAUAAAGCCAGGUCAUCCACAUUGGCCAGGACACCCUCAUCCACCUGGUCACCCACAUUUACCAGGACAUCCUCCCGGUCAUCCACAUUUACCAGGACAUCCUCCAGGUCAUCCACAUUUACCAGGACAUCCUCCAGGUCAUCCACAUUUGCCAGGACAUCCUCCAGGUCAUCCACAUCUGCCAGGACAUCCUCCAGGUCAUCCACAUUUACCAGGACAUCCUCCAGGUCAUCCACAUUUGCCAGGACAUCCACAUUUACCGGGACAUCCACAUCACCCCGGAUGGCCAACAGGACCAGGUGUUCCAGGGACACCAGGACAACCAGGAACUCCAGGCUCUCCAGGAACACCGGGACAACCCGGAACACCAGGAUCUCCUGGCGGCAGUUGGCCAGGCACUCCAGGUUCACCUGGAACACCAGGAUCACCGGGGACACCAGGCUCUCCUGGAGGUAGUUGGCCUGGGACUCCAGGAUCACCAGGAACGCCAGGGGGAAGUUGGCCGGGGACUCCAGGUUCUCCAGGAACACCUGGCGGAAGUUGGCCGGGAACACCGGGGACACCAGGAUCUCCUGGCGGAAGUUGGCCAGGCACUCCUGGAUCCCCUGGAACACCAGGAUCACCUGGCGGAAGUUGGCCGGGAACUCCAGGCUCUCCAGGAACACCAGGAUCACCCGGUGGAAGUUGGCCUGGAACACCAGGUUCCCCAGGAACACCAGGAACGCCUGGCGGAAGUUGGCCAGGUACUCCUGGAUCCCCUGGAACACCAGGAUCACCUGGUGGAAGUUGGCCUGGAACUCCAGGCUCUCCAGGAACACCAGGAUCACCUGGCGGCAAUUGGCCCGGAACUCCAGGUUCACCAGGAACACCAGGUUCACCAGGUACGCCAGGAACACCUGGCGGAAGUUGGCCGGGAACUCCAGGCUCACCAGGAUCACCAGGAACGCCUGGCGGAAGUUGGCCGGGAACACCGGGGACACCAGGAUCUCCUGGCGGAAGUUGGCCAGGCACUCCUGGAUCCCCUGGAACACCAGGAUCACCUGGCGGCAGUUGGCCUGGAACUCCAGGUUCACCUGGAACACCAGGAACACCAGGUGGAAGUUGGCCCGGAACACCAGGUUCACCAGGUACGCCAGGAACACCUGGCGGAAGUUGGCCGGGAACUCCAGGCUCACCAGGAUCACCAGGAACGCCUGGUGGAAGUUGGCCAGGCACUCCUGGAUCUCCAGGAACACCAGGAUCACCUGGCGGAAGUUGGCCUGGAACUCCAGGCUCUCCAGGAACACCAGGAUCACCUGGCGGCAAUUGGCCCGGAACUCCAGGUUCACCAGGAUCACCAGGAACGCCUGGUGGAAGUUGGCCAGGCACUCCUGGAUCCCCAGGAACACCAGGAUCACCUGGCGGAAGUUGGCCUGGAACUCCAGGCUCUCCAGGAACACCAGGAUCACCUGGCGGCAAUUGGCCCGGAACUCCAGGUUCACCAGGAACACCAGGCUCACCUGGUGGUAAUUGGACACCAAAACCCCCAACCCGUCCUAGUCAGUGUCCUAAACCAAGAGGUCAAUUCCCAAGUCCAAAAAGUUGUGCAAAUUAUUUGAAUUGUUGGGACGAGACCGUUAUCGAGGAAAAGUGUCCUAAUGGAUUACUAUUUAAUGAACAAAAGAGCUACUGUGACUUCGCAGACAAUGUCAAGUGCGGCAAUAGACCUGGACCCACAUCAAAACCUCCAUUACCCUCGGGUUCAAGACGCUGCCCAGAAAUGAAUGGGCGUUACAGAAGCUCAACCAACUGCUCAGAAUUCUACGUUUGCCUCGAUGGAAGCCCGAUCAAGUUUAACUGUCCAGCCGAACUGGUCUACAAUGACGAACUAGGAGUGUGUGACUACCCUUAUAAAGUUGAUUGCAAAGGAGCAGCCACCCCCAGACCACCGCCGCCUCCAGAAAGUACGCAACCAACAUUUCCAGUUGGUCCUCCAAGGCCACCUGUGAAUCCGUGGGAGCCGCCAACUGGUCCCCAUCCUCCCCCCUAUCAACCACCCCCCCUAGGAACCAGGAUAGAACCUGAUCCUUGGCAUCAACGACCAACUGCAACACAAAUAGAACUUGACAACGACAGUCUGGAGCAGACAAGUCCGGAGAAUGAGGAUAUAGAAGCCCUAACGAUAUCAAAUCCAUGGGAACAAGUUCUAAAUUCUAUUCCAUUAGAGUUUACAAAAGUUCCUUGCCAAUCUGGUCUUAUCCAUAGGUUAAAUGACUCUUGUACGAGUGUAAUCGUUUGUAGAAAAGAAAGACCAGAACUUGUUCAAUGUGCUACAGGAGAAACCUAUGAUAGGCCUUCUGAUUCCUGUAAACCCUUCACUAUUGCUAAAUGCUAAUCGAGGGGGACCUUAGUUAAUAAUGACGUGUAUUACGAGCUUAAUAAAUAAAUCAAUUUUUAUA